GUUGACCUGCUAACCGAGGCUUUCCUUCCGGUGUCAACAUGGCGAACAAGAAAAAGAAAUCUUUACCCAAUCCGGAUUCUAAAUUUCUACGUAUUAGCAUUUUAACAUUAUGUGCCUUAGGUAUGGGUUUAUCUGUUUAUGCUCUUCACGUAGAAAUCAGCAAAGAGAGAGACAGUUCUUAUACUGCAUUGUGCGACUACAAUGAAUUAAUCAGCUGCUCAAAAGUGUUUUCAUCGAGGUAUGGUCGAGGGUUUGGUUUGGUUGAUCGUGUUUUGGGGAAUGAUAGUGUCAUCAAUCAACCUAACAGUGUAUUUGGAAUGGCUUAUUUCACUUUCCAAACAGCCUUAGCUUUUAACCCCAGUUAUGUGGGUUGUGUGGUUCAGCUGUUUGCAUCUGUAAUAGCCAAUAUUGGAUCAGUUUAUCUGGCCUUCAUAUUGUAUUAUGUAUUAGAAGAUUUCUGUAUUGUUUGUGUCUCAACUUAUGUGGUUAAUAUUCUAGUCUUUUCCUGCGCUAUUAUAAAAUAUAAACGUGCUCUAGCAGUAGAACUUCAUCAGAAGAAAAGAUAACGCUACAAACCACAAAAUUAUUGAGUAUUAAAUAGCUAUACAUGGAAUAGCAACACUUAUCAUAUUCGAUGUAAUAAUUGCCUUGGUUCUUCAAAAAGAGGGUGCUAUAUUUAGGUAAAAUCAAUCAGUAACAGUAUAGAGGUACAUAGCUAGUUUAUUUUACAAAUUACUGUUAUCUUACACUGAUGUUAGGUGAGCUAAAAAUGUUCACAGAAUUAUUUAUAAGCAUAGGCACUUAUUACUUCAUUUCUUCGAAGACUGGUAUCUGGGUGCUUAUCAUUUCUUAGAGUAGUGGUAACAAUACAUUAUUAGUUCAUUUACACAUAUAGGUAAGAUAACUAAUUCCGAAAUACAACUAACAAGCCUGGAAAUAAGGCACCAAUCACUGAUAAUGUCAUGCACAAAACCUCUGGUGCCUGUCAUAUUGUCUGACACCGUUAAUUCCACUUUUACUAAUGUUGUAAUAGUUAAAUAAGCAGAUGAUAAUACUUGUAACAAUAUUAACCAGGCUGUUAUUAUGUCGAAUAAAUCAUAGUAUAGUAGAAAUUAUUAAUAAUCUAUACUAAACAUUGUGAAUUUUUUUUAUCAUUUUACAUUUUUUUAAGAAUUUACUGUACCUUAAUGCACACUGAAUAUUUUAUAUUAAAUUGUCUAAGGGCCUUUCUAUGUCAACAAGCAAGCCUGGAUAUAAGUACAAAUUAUCACUAAACGUAUAUAUACAUGUAUUUAUACAAGCCUGGACAUAAGGCACCUGAUCACAGACAUUGUCAGAUGCAAAUUAUCACACUGCAACCUAUUAUAAUAAAAACUUUAUGUGAUAAUUUGUGUCUGAUAAUGUCUGUGACGUUUUUAUUAUACUAUAUAGGUUGAGUGAUAGUUUGUGUUUGACUCUGUCUGUGACAAGUGGAUUAUGUCCAGGCUUGAUAGCAAGACAGAACAUGUAUAGGUAGAAAGAUAUACGACAUCGUCUUUUGACAUCAUCCUAUAACCAUUGAAAACACAAUUCAAUCUAGUAUUAUAGUAGUUGUGCCUUUUGCUGAUUAGAAAUGUCUUGGAUUUAGUCAAUUUUGUGUUUCCAUGGAAAUAAAUUGAACUAGGUUUAUUGUUUACAGAGGUGCAAGAUUUUGACGACAGGAUCAACUUGGUAUUUAUUUUUUUUUUUUUUUUAAAUUUUAUUCCUACUGGUAGAGAGGUCUGCCCAAGAUACAUUAAACCAAAAGAGUUGAUUAUGGUCCUGGCAAGUUAAUAAAUGGCUAUUAAUUUAAGGCUUAAAGAAAACCCUGCAAUAUGCAGAUUUAGCUCUUGCAUAAUGCAUCUUCAAUGUGCUUAUAAGUGGUGCAAAAUAUCACAGAACUAGUUACCAAUUUAAAAAUCAAGGCAGCUUGUCAGUUUGUAAUGACUUUGAUGUGCAUUCCAACGAACAUUUGGGUCACACUGUUGUACAUGUAGAAUACAGAAAGGAGAAAUAUGAGAUUCCUGUAUCUCUCUAAUAAAUUUCAAGAAUUUUGCCUUAUAUUGUAUAUAAUACCUUUUCUAGAUUUCUGUGAAAACAUUUAAAGUGCAAUUUAUAUAUUAGAACUAAAGUUCCAGAAAUCUGUAAAUUAGUAAAUAUCAUUGGGACAUAUUGAUCAUUUUUAUUGUGAAAUGCAGGAAUAAUUUUUAUUUCAAAUGGAUGAUUUUACGGAUUUGUUAUUAAAAGGGACUAUAAGCAAAGAAAGUUCGAAUACACUGUAAACAACAUAUGACCCAAAAGAAUUGUCAGUGAAAUAUUAAUAUUUUAUUAUAAUCAUAGUAGUUAAAUUUUAUUGUUAGUUGUUUGUGAUGUGCUAUAAUUUGUUAAAUUUAAUCUUUGAAUAUUUAUGCACCAGGCACCUGAGGUAUGAUUAACAUUAGUUGUUUUAAUAACAGUGUCUGAUAUUAGUAGGUGAGAGGCUAGUCCAUCAGACAGUUACUAAAGUAACUAGAUUAACAAGACUAACAUCAUCCUCGAUAUCCACAGUGGUAUUGUUCUAUUUGAGUAUAGUGAGGAUGGAUUGAUAUAAACAGGGGUUAAAUUUGCUCGAAAUGUGUGAAUAUUCAAAGAUAGAUAAAUAAUUAUAUCUGUGUAGGGGAAUAAACCAUUUGUUGUGUAUACAUGUUUGUUGUGUGUAUCGAAUAUUUGUGGACAAAUAAAUUUGUUAAGUUGA